AUGCAUGUAGACUUCGAGGGAAAUGUGGAAGUGGAAGUCCAAAGUAUGUCAAAUGACUCUAGUGGACCAUUAAUUAGUGGAGCAGAAAGUAUGUCAAAUGUUGGUUGUGAUAGAGGUUUAUCAGAUGAUGAGUGGGAAUCUGAACAAUUAAUUAGUGGAGCAGAAAGUUACUCUAGUGGACCAUGUUCUAGUGUAAAGGGUUAUGGGAGUUUUCCAACAUUUGUGUUGCCAAAAAGUAUGGUUGACUUUAAGUGGGAAGUUGGGAUAUAUUUUGCUGAAAAGCAAGACAUUUUGGAGGCUAUAAAAGAUUAUGCGUUGGAUAAUGGAAGAAAUAUACACUUUGUUAAGAAUGAUAAACAAAGAAUCAGGUUGAAGUGUGUGGGUGCAAAAGGUAAAUGCCCUUGGAAGUUAUAUUUUGGUUAUAUGAAGGCAGUGAAAACAUGGCAGUUGAGAACAAUGGUGGACAACCAUACCUGUAGCAGGGAGUUCAACCUUAAAUUAAUUGAUGCCAAGUGGUUGAGCAAAAAGAUACACAAAACUAUUACAGAUAAUCCUACAGUUAAGGGUGUGGAUAUAAGGGAAAAAAUUCAAAGGAAAUGGAACAUUGGUAUUUCUAGGUGUAUGGCCUAUAGGGCCAAAAACAUAGCAACAGAGCAAAUUGAUGGCUCUUUCAAAGAACAAUAUAAAAGGUUAUAUGAUUAUGCCCAUGAGUUGGUGGCCAAAAAUCCUGGGUCAACAGUGAAACUAAAGGUUGAGGAUGUGGGGGGUAAAGUCAUUUUCAAGAGAUUUUAUGUAUGUUUAAAGGCUUGCAAAGACAGUUUUAUGUCAUGCAGGCCAAUUAUUGGUUUAGAUGGAGCAUUUUUGAAAGGUAAGUACGGUGGUGAGUUGUUAACAGCUGUUGGCCGAGAUGGGAAUGAGCAGAUGUUGCCAAUUGCAUACUGUGUUGUUGAAGUUGAGAACAAGGAGUCAUGGAAGUGGUUCCUGGAACUGUUGGUAGAUGACCUUGGAGGGGCUGAAAUUUGUUCCACAUUUACCUUUAUAUCAAACCAGCAGAAGGGUCUACUUCAUGCAAUAGAUGAAUUGCUUCCUAGAGUUGAUCAAAGGUUUUGUGUGAGGCAUAUGUAUGCCAACUUCAGGAAGAAAUACCCUGGUAAAAACCUGAAGCGUUUAAUGUGGAAGGCAGCUACAGCCACACAUCCACAAACAUGGGAGAUGGAAAUGAGAAACAUAAGAGCAGUAAACGAAGAUGCUUAUAAGCAUUUGAUUGCCAUCCCUCCAAGGUAUUGGUCAAGAUCAAGGUUCACUAAAAGAGCUAAAUCUGACACCUUAGUAAACAAUAUGAGUGAGGGCUUCAACAAUGUCCUCAUUUCUGCCAGGAGUAAACCCAUCAUUACGAUGUUGGAGACGAUACGACUUUACCUCAUGCAAAGAUGGGCAAAGAACAGAUCAAGCCUAUCAUCAUUUACUGGAUCCAUCUGUCCCAAGAUUCUAUCCAGAUUUAGAAAGGAAUGUCAUUUAACUAAAAAUUGGAUUCCUAGUUGGUCAGGCAACAAGCUAUUCGAAGUUCGUCACAUGUCUAACAAUGGAGAUAAGUUUGUAGUCAACCUAGAUGAGUCCUCAUGCACAUGCAGAACUUGGAUGAUGACUGGAAUCCCCUGUUGUCAUUCAUUGGCUGCAAUGAAGUUCCUCAACAUUGAUGGAGAACAAUUUAUUAAGUCUUGCUACAUGAAGUCCAAAUAUGAGGAGACAUAUUCAACAAUCAUAUAUCCCUUUUUAAAUGGAGCCAACAUGUGGAACAUUACUCCAUAUCCUGAUGUGUCUCCACCACACAAAAAGAGUAAUGCCUGGACGACCAAAGAGAAAACGAAGGCUAGAGCAAUGGGAAAUGAGGAAGGAUGA